AUGCUUUGCAAGAGUUUUGUCUUGGGGAGUUUCUUGGGCGCAGUCGCCGGACAGAAUGCGUUUGCUCCGCCUGUACGGUCUCAGGUGAACCUGCCGCCCUAUAAAUCCAACGAGAUCAUCUCUUCACUAAUCACGCAAAAUGUUAAAAAUGGACAAAACACCAAUCUCGAUCGCUUCAAGGUGAAUAAUCCGGGAAACUAUUCUUGCCGGGUUCAAGUUUUGAAAGAACCUGCUUACUCUCGAAUGGGAACCGUUUUCCCGGAUGUGUUCGACUGCGACUUUGAUUACGGAUCAGUUUGCGCCAUGAAAGACAACGUAAAGAUGCGCGUGUUUCUUUUAGCGGAAAAGCACACAAUCGAGCAAGACAUUUACAUGAACGUCGAGCUGGAUCGAUCCCAAUGUUCGCUCAUUCGCGUCGGAAACCAUCUGUCAGUUCGACAAGCAGGAGUCACCGCGGAGUUAUCUACUAACAAUAUAGAUUUCGCAACUGGAUACAAUGUACUGGAUACAGACUGCUACGUGCGCUUCUUUCACAAAAACUUUCCUUACUGGGGCUAUCUGAUUGAUGAAAACGACGAGGUCGUGAAAGAAAUCAAUACGAAGUGCAUCGACUUCCGCACUACUGGAAAGAGAUACAGAUACAAACACUCUAAAUGGCCUUCUCCCGACAAGGAUUUUAUUCCAAUUUCGGUGGAACUUAUAGACCACCAAUCUGGAUAUGUUGUUCGUUCGGAAAGACACCACAUUGAAAUACAGAUUAUUGGCGGCGCAAAAAGCUCUCCUCCGACAGCUGACCCAAGUUGUGACUAUCUCAUUUCGGUGGAUCAGUUUGUGCUGUCUAGAAUUUUUCCGACCGAUCUGGCAGCCAUCGACCGUGAAACCGAAAAAUCUCGGCUUUACUUUCGAAUUGUGCAAAAACCAGAAGUCGGUUUCAUCACUCAUGCGGACGAUCACACGCGCCCAAUUGAAAGUUUUUCGAUGAAGGAUCUUGAAAGCCUACGGAUCAUGUAUCAGCCACCUCCUGUAGCCUAUGACCAUCUUCACCAAGUUCAAUUCAAAGUUGCAGUCUUUGACGAUUUCCACAGGCGAAGCAGACCGAUUGACGUCUGGAUUCAAAUUGAUAGACAGAUGACGGAAGCUCCAAGAGUUACAUGGAACACUGGACUGACCUUGUUGGAGGGUCAAACGCGCGCUCUUUCAAACGCAAAUUUCAUGCUCGAAGAUCCCGAUACACUUAAAAAUCUGAAGUUCAUGGUCACUGGAGGUUUACGUCACGGUCUUCUAUUGGUAAAGGGUCGUCCUUCGUACUUGUUCAAUUACAUCGACUUACUCAAUAAUGAUGCCGUCUACGCACACGAUGAUUCUGACACGUAUGGCGACUUUAUUGAAUUGCGAAUUGUUGACGGUGGUCCGCCGGGGCCGAUGGCGUUGCCUCCGACGCGCUUUACGAUUCCGAUUCUGAUCAUGCCAAAAGAUGACUCGCCGCCAGAGAUUACUUCGAAUCUGCUGCUCAAAGUGCGCUGGGGGCAGCAAGCAAAAAUCAGAAGACACAUCCUAGACGCAUCCGACUUGGAUACCUCUGACGAUUACAUUAAACUCGUUAUUACCGAAUUUCCAAAAAACGGGCAGCUCAUGAUUCAGCGCGAGUGGGAUCCUGUUCCCUGGCCGUUGCAAGAGAGCGAACUUUACCAGUUUGAAAUCUUCCGAGGACAUCUUCUCUAUCGUCAUGAUGGCUCUGAAAAUUUGGACGACACAUUCAAGUUCUAUUUUCGUGAUCAUUACAAGCGACAGACAGAAGGAAAAGUUUUUCGGAUUCGCGCAGAGCAAAAUGAUAGGCUUCCGCCUUGGCCAGAGAAAAACUGCACAUUCUGUCUAACAAUGAAUGAAGAUGAAGUCCUCCCGAUCGGCCACGCAGAGCUCGGCUAUCUCGAUGAUUUCUCUGGGCCAAAAGAUUUGACUUAUGAAAUCGUCAAAUUGAAAGGAGAAGGCUUUACCGAAGUGGCGAAAUUCACACAGCAAGAAGUGAAUCACCUAAGGCUGGGAUACGAGCCUCCGAUGACUGAAAUCGGCCCUGACCCGAUCAAAGUGCAGUUUGCAUUCAAAGUUACCGAUGCAACUGGAAAAUCUUCUCCCGUCCACACAUUCGAUCUGACUGUAAAGCCUAUCGAUAAUCAGGCGCCAGUUUUCCGUUCAAAAGCAGCUAAAGUACAAGUGAAGGAGGGCGAUUGUACAAAACUGAAUCCUCGGAAGUUGUUUGAGCUCCAUGAUCCGGAUACCAGAUCACGCGAUCUGACAGUCAGCUUUAUCAAAUCACCUUUGAACGGUCAUAUUGGACUACCCUUGGGAACUCCGAUUAAUAAAGACCAGGAUUUUACACUCAUUCUUAUUUCAUUCGGCACUUUAAUGUUGACCCCUACGAAGCUUUCCGAACUUGCCUCUUUAGUUUAUUGUCAUGACGAUUCCGAAACUGAAGACGACAUCUUCACAAUCAUGGCUCGUGACCCGAAAGACAACAAAAGCAAUUUGUUGGACAUUCACGUGAAAGUUUCGCUAGUCAACGACCACCAGGCCGAGUUUAGAGAUGGCCUCGUAACGCGCAUAUUCGUCGAGGAAAAUGGCGAAAAUUGUCUCUCUCUUCGCAACAUUGACGUAUACGAUUUCGAUACGGCGAAUUCAGAGCUUUCUUUCUCAGUCGAAAGUCAGCCCCGUAUCGGUCGAGUCAUCAUGAACGGGCGUGACGUGCGUGACUUCCGCUAUGAAAGUAUCGGAAAGAAUGAAAUAUGUUUCGUCCAUCGAGGAGAACUUGGCCAAAACGAUCUUCAGGAUUCAUUUAUCAUUUCUGUGGAGGAUCCCGGCUACAUUGGCUCUAAAAUAGCGGCAAGAAUGCGAUUUGACGUUAAUAUACAUCGAGUUAACGACGCUGCUCCUCGUAUUUACUCCAAUAAUGCCUUAUUGGUCGUGGACGAGGGCGCAGCCGUCAUACUGGAGAAAGAGGUAUUGCGAGUUUCUGAUGACGAUACAAACGUUGAAGAGAUCGUUAUUUGCGUUGUGAAGCAGUUUGAGCAUGGAUUCUUUGACAGUAUUGCUCCAGCAAGCGGCUCUGAAGAUCCUCUUGUCAAUAAACCCAUCGACUGCUUCCCCUACCCUCACAUUGAAAAGGGAUUCAUCCGCUAUAACCAAUUCCACCAUCUCGGAAAAGAACCGAGAUCAGAUGCUGGUGCAGUCACCGCCACUGACGGCGAUUCCAUCACCGCCCCUCUAGAAAUUCGUGUCAAAAUCAAAGAUGUUAAUGACGAACCACCGCUGUUAGAAGUGAAAGACUCAAUUCAAGUCUUAGAAAAUGAGCUCGUUCUUCUUAGCGAUGCUAUACAUGUAAAGAAUUCUAUUCAAAAUAUUUCUCCAGAGCGCAUUAAAAUUCACUUCAAUCGCCCAGAACAAGGCGUGAUUCUUAAUAAAAGACUACUGGAUUCAGUGAGCAGCACGUUUGGGUCAUGCGAAGAGUGUCAAAAUGACGCACCAGAAGAAGAUUCCAAAGACCUUCUCGAAUCGGCGAGUCAUAUCCAGCCACUAGAUCAAAUCUCACUGAAGGACUUAAACGAUCCACUAAUGGAAAUCGCAUAUGUUAACUUUGGUCGUGGAGUAGAAGAAGAAUCCGACGAAAUAACAGUAACAGUCACAGACGGAACACAUCAAAUCUCAAAGAAGAUCACGGUCAAAAUAGUUUUGACAAAUGACGAGUGUCCAGUUUUAGCAACUCAUGAGACGCUUCAAGUGGAGCUUGGCGAAACAAGAGUUAUCUCCAACACUGCUCUUCAUUUAACAGACAUAGAUAGUUCUCCUUCUGAGCUACAAUAUGAGCUUCUGACACUUCCACAAGCAGGCGUUCUUGUUGUCACCUCUCCGGGAACGCGCCCUUAUGAAAUGAGAAUUGGCGAUAGUUUUACUGAAGAGCAAAUCCACCAGAACCAAGUCCAUUACAGACACAAUAUAGAGAGCAAGCUUGAGACAGAUAGCUUCACAUUCUCUAUGACAGAUGGAGCCAAUACUCUUCCAGAAACAAAGCUGUCGAUUCAUUUGUCUGGCAGCACAGUGAAGAACUCGAUUCAUAUUCAGGCAAAACCGAUCACUAUUCGUGAAGGGGAGAGGCAUUUCGUUUCUACCGAUGAGAUUACAGCAACGGAUGGAAGUACUAACUUUGAAGACGUGAAAUUCGUCAUAGAGGCUAAGCCCAAAGCUGGCUAUUUUGCCCAUUUUAAUAACAUCGAAUCUCCGUUACGAACUUUUACUGAAUUGGAUAUCGUCUCCAGAAAAAUCGUCUUUGUCGCUGAGAGCAAGAGAGAUGUGAAAUUCGACCGGAUUCCGUUCUCCGUUUCCAACAAUCGGGGCGCCACAGCACAUGCUUUCUUUGAGAUGGAAGUUAUUCCUAUCGACGUGGAAAUGCCAAGAUUAGAGCUUGCCAAUUCCCAGGUUUUUCUUCAGACAGGCGAUAGUAUCGUACUAUCGGACGACUUGAUUCGUCUUUCGGAUCCAGACACAAACGACCUGGACGUGUUCAUAAUUCUCGAAACGCUACCAAAGCACGGACGCCUAAUCGCUAAUGGCGCUGAGGUGUACGUCCCGGGGCUUAGAGUGUCACUGGAAUCCCUCAAACAAGGCAAACUCCUUUACCAAAACAACGGAAACUCGGCUUCCAUGGAUAAUAUCAACAUCGCGGCAACCGACGGACUUAACGACGGAUACUUGAGUGGUAACAUGGAAACCAAGCUCCCCAUCACCCUCACAUUGCAGAUAAACCAUCCCGACAUAAAUCCACCACAGAUCGUCAUCAAGAAAAUUCCGGAAGCCGUCACUCCAAUCACGUACAAAGGCGAACUUCAUUAUGUGGUUCUCAUCGAUGGCAGCACUCUCAACACUGCUGACAGUAACACUGACCCCUCAUCGAUCAAGUUCGAAGUAGACUCUCCCGCAAAGAGUUUAGGUCACUUGAUCUUUGUCACCUCAUUCACUCCUGCGAAGACAUUCACACAGGCCGAUGUUAACAAGGGGCGAAUCGGUUACGUCGUUCACUACAAAGAUUUCCACCCUGCCAUCGUACCAACUGGAAGUUUCAUGUUCACGGUCAGCGAUAUGUGGGGCAACACCAGUCCUCCGCAGCUGUUUGUGAUCAACUGGCCUGUAAUAACUCUGGACAACACACUGUUGGAUAUUUGCGAAGGAGACUCGGUCGAGAUUCCAGUAAGGCGCUUCGGCGGUUUCUUGGAGUCAUCAUUUGUCACUGUGGAGGUCGAAGGCAUAGACACAGCGAAAGUGAACGAUGAUUUCUUCGCCCGCCCCAGCUCUUCCUUCCAAAUUCAAUUCGAUCCCACAGAGGUCUCCAAGUCUAUUACAGUCCAAACUUUGGAAGACAACUUUGAGGAGCCGACGGAGGAGAUAAGAAUUUACUUAUCGAAUUUGCUUAAUGCAACGCCUGGGGACAAGAUGAAGCUGACUAUCCGAGUGCAUGAUAACCACAGAGGCAAUUGCGAUAAAAGCGCACUCUCAGAAAUUCCCAAGAACAUGGCUCAGGAAAUAAGUAGUGGCUCUCGAAGAAGAUCAAGAAACGGUCGAGUAAAUGUGGCACGAACCCUCGGCGAUGGUUCCACCAAAGGAACAGCAGCUGGUGUCGCUGAAAUAGCCAACACGAAAGUAUGGACGUUCCAUGCAAUGAAUGGGGCCGUCGUCAGGGAAGAAGACGCUGGCGAGUUCAUCGGAGCUGGAAAUCGGGUGCCCACAAAACAUGUGAUCGAAGAUCCGUCCGUGAUAGACCCUGAUAAAGGGACUUACCAUUCGGGCUCUACAGUGUCGGAUGCCUACUCGGAAGAUUUCGUAGUGCCAGAUCGCGGUGACUGGGCACUUCGACGAAAACGAGCACGUUUGGCGAGCUCCGGGCGCAAGGACAUUGCCACUUCUAAAGAAGAAUUCACUACAUGCACGCCCUCGAUUUCGGGAGCAAUAUUCGUCGAUGAUGUAGGAGGAACGACUUACUUAUGCGACGGAAAUAUUUGGAUACCGAAAUCGUCUCCUCGAAGUGCUCUUAAAUCUUCAAACAGAAACAAAGCACCUUCAUGCCCAACAGGGUGGGAGAUGAUCAAAGGAAACUGCUUCAAAAAGGUGCAAACACCCGAAAACUGGGUGAACGCUCUUUACGAAUGCAAGCAGCAGGACUCGACAUUAGCUGUCGUUCACAGCCGACGCCUUUCAAAAGCACUCAUGCUCGAAGAAAGAACUGCUUUUUGGAUAGGGCUUAAAAUGGACGCCGAGAAGUGGCAGUGGGUCACCAAGGAACCAGUUGGAAGACUGUUCUGGAAUUCGAAGCCUCGAACGCACGAUAAAAGCUUCUUCUGUGGAAAACUAGAAAUGAGCUCCAAAUUCUCACCAGAAAACUGCCGCCAAAGACUUCCAUUUAUUUGUAUGAAGCGGGCCAUUGCUUGA